GGAGGCUUUUUCUUAAAGAAAGACUUAGAAAGAUUCUAAUUUCGACCAGAAAUGAAAAAUUUUCAAUUUUUUUUACAGAGUUCAAUUUUUUCUAGAUUUGGAAUUGAAAAACUUGAUGAAAAUAGGUAGGUAUAAAAAAACAUGGAAUUAUUUUUUCAUAAAAUCCAAUAUCAUAAAUACCUCACCACUACAUACUAGGUAUAGCUGAAAAACAAACGUGGAAACUUGAAAUUGAUAGGGGAGAGACGCCAAAUAUGGAAUGUUGCCUAAUAUGGAAUGCGACAAUAUCUCGAAUGUUUACCAUCGAAAUCUACCGGCGAUGGUCAGAAUUGAUUAAGCUAGUGAAAUAACCAGGCUAUACAAGUUUUGGUGGUGAUCCGUAAAGUUAUCUGUGUUUAAUUGACAAAAAUGUGAUUUGAUAAAAAAAAAUUUUUUCCUUAAAAAAAUUUGAAUUCAAAAAUUUUAGCAGAAAAUUGUGCGAAAACAUUUGUAUGAAGAUAGGUUCUAGAAGUGAAAAGUGGAUACUUUCAGAAUAUUUCAUCAGUUUUUCUCGAAAGCUGCAAAUAAAAAAGUUAUGAUCAUUUUUUAUUCAGAUUCUUUGGGUAGCCUAUUAUGGAAUAUGUUGUGUUUCUUAUUUUUUAAGUAUUCUUUCGAUCACACAUGUUCAAAACGUUAGUAAUUAUGCAUCUUAGACGUAUUUUAGGUCUCAAGUCGAAUAAAUUCGAUUAAAUACGUAAUUUUAUACAUAAAUUUUUGAGAAAAAAAAUUUUCCUUUCAGUCAAAUAAUUUCACGUUUUAAAUCGAUUAAAAUGUUAGGUAUAUCAACAGUGAACAUAGCUUUACUUCAUUAUUGCAUUUCAGGUCGAAUACAUUCGGUUAACCACAUCAUUUUUACCAAUAUUUUUUGAAAAAAAAACAUUCCAUAUUUGGAGACCAUUUUUUCAAAGUCCGAAAAUGACACUUUCUACAAAAUUGGGAGUGGGGGGAAAAGUUUUUGGUUUUGAGAACUGAGCUUUUAGGGGGUGAAACUAGAGGGUUGCAGCUACCCAUUGGUUGUUUGAGAUCGCCCUUAAGUUGAUUUGGGACUGAGCAAUCUCAAUUUUAAAGAUGGCCUUCCAUAUUUGGCGUCUCUCCCCUAAUAAAUUUCCCGAAAAUUCGCAGAUACUUAGGUAAUUAAUAAUCUAUCUGAUUCGUAAUUCUCGAUAUUAUUUUGAUAAGCACCAAUUUUUAUAAAAUCAAAAUUUCUCAGAUAAGAGACGACUUCAAGUAUACGAAAUAUUUUUAUUGAUUAGUUGCAGUGGUGAGAGUUUUAACUUGGAAAAUUUCAAUUCAUCUUAUCAUCGUAUAACAUUUUACGUACAUGUUCACCUAUUUCAAUUUUGAAAAAUCAUAUUCAACCUUACUGUUAUGUGUUCAAAUCACAGGUUACAGGUGGUAAUAAAGGUGUAGGAUAUGCCAUAUUUGAAGGCCUUUGUCAGAACUUUUCUGGAAACGUAUUCUUGACAGCUCGAGAUGAAAAGCGAGGAUCAGCUGCAGUAACAUCUCUAAAUCAUAUGGGCUACGAUCCAAAAUUUCACCUACUUGACAUCACUGAUGACCAAAGCAUUAUCAAAUUUAAUAAUUAUAUUUUCCACAAAUACGGCGGAUUAGACGUAUUAAUAAAUAAUGCUGCGAUUGCUUUCAAAGUUGCAUCCACUGACCCUUUUGCUGCGCAGGCGAAAGAAACAAUUCGAGUGAAUUAUUUCGGUACCAGAAAAGUCUGCGAUGUAAUGUUUCCUAUUCUCAGACCACAUGCCAGAGUCGUGCACCUUUCUAGCAUACUUGGACACUUGCUUAGAAUACCAUCUGAAGCAUUGAGGAAAAAAUUAUCCGCUGACAAUCUAACCAUUGAUCAUUUAGAUUGGCUGAUGUUAGAUUUUGUGAGGUCGGCUGAACAAGAUAAAGACGUAGAUCUACAUUGGGGAGCAAGUGCUUAUUCUGUAUCAAAAGUAGGUGUUUCUGCUUUGGCGAGAAUUCAACAAAGAGAAUUUCUUAACGAUGAACGUGUGGAUAUUGUUGUGAAUUCGGUGCAUCCUGGUUACGUUAAUACUGAUAUGACUAGUCAUAUAGGACAUUUGACUAUUGAAGAAGGUGCUGUAUCCUCUUUGUAUGCUGCUCUUCUUCCGGAAAACAUUACCGAACCGAAAGGAGCUUAUAUUUUGCAAAAUAAAGCUAUCGUUGAUUGGACUGCACCUUUUUAGAAAUAAGAAUUUGAACAAGAAAUCGAGAUGUCAACGUUAUUUCCGUGAAAAAUGUCAUUGUUUAAUGAUCUACUUAUUAGAAAAAUAAGUAUUAUUUUUAAUUGAAGGAUUUUAACCAUGAAAUUAAAUUUUCAAAAAA